CAGUGCGUAAUUGUAUCACACCGGAACUCGACACAAGUUCAACCACCACACUCCAACUUAACAUAUGCCCUGGUCAGAUCAUAGACCAUUUGAUGAAUUAAGACGGGAUCAGGCUUCAAGACCCCCGUCUUCCCCUCUCCACCUCUCGGCUAGACCAUUUCCAGCGAUGCGUAACGCCCUCAAAACAUUAUCAGUUCUGUCUCGCUCUCUCCGGCACCCCGCUCACCGAUUUGUCCCGUUCCGCGCAAUGGCCUCCUCCCUCGCUUCACCGUCGCCGGUGCUCAAAAAACCCGUUAAACUGGCCUGCAUCCAGCUCGCGGCUGGCAGCGACAAGCAGGCCAACCUCGAACACGCGCGCAGCAAGGUGCUCGAGGCGGCGCAGGCCGGGGCCGGCAUCAUCGUACUGCCCGAGUGCUUCAACUCGCCGUACGGCUGCGACUUCUUCCCGCGCUACGCCGAGACGCUCCUCCCGUCCCCUCCCCCGCGGGACCAGUCCCCGUCGUUCCACGCGCUGUCGGCCAUGGCCGCCGAGGCCGGGGCGUACCUGGUCGGGGGGUCGAUCCCGGAGCGCGACCCGCAGGUGCCGGACCGGUACUACAACACCAGCCUGACGUUCGACCGGCGCGGGCGGCUGCUGGCGACGCACCGCAAGGUGCACCUCUUCGACAUCGACAUCCCCGGCAAGAUCACGUUCCGCGAGUCGGACGUGCUGAGCCCGGGCAACAAGGUGACGGUCGUCGACCUGCCCGACUACGGGCGCAUCGGCGUGGCCAUUUGCUAUGACGUGCGGUUCCCCGAGCUGGCGGCCAUCGCGGCGCGCAAGGGCUGCUUCGCGCUCGUGUACCCGGGGGCGUUCAACCUCACGACGGGGCCCAUGCACUGGAAGCUCCUCGCGCAGGGCCGGGCUGUCGACAACCAGGUCUACGUGGCGCUGUGCAGUCCCGCGCGGGAUGUGAGCGGGCCCUACCACGCCUGGGGCCAUAGCAUGAUCGUCGAUCCGUUGGCGGAGGUGGUGGUCGAGGCGGAGGAAAAGGAAGCCAUUGUCUCGUGGGGGCUCGACAAUGGCAAGAUCGAGGAGGUGCGCCGUAACAUUCCAUUGACGACGCAACGGCGCUUUGACGUGUAUCCAGAUGUAAGUCAAGGCGACGUCAAGUUCACGGAGGAGGGUCUACCGUGAGUUCUAUCGUGCGAGCUCGAAAAAUUGAAUGUAUGCCCUACGUACUUACUGUCUAGAACCCAAGUAUCCUGGUAUGUCAGGAACCGUUCUAAUUACUUUGUGAAGUUGUGGUAAUGAGGACCGACGGGCACGGACUUUGACCUUCGGGAUGCUGGCUCUCGAUUCAGGUGUCGGUUUACGUCGGAAUUUCCCAUCUUAGAAGUAAAGUACAUUGUACUCUGGCGUCACAUUGAAGGCAGUCUUACAUCCGCAUUUCCCGCAUUUCCCGCAUUUCCCUCGUUUCCCGCAUUUUCUAUAUUAUCAAUCUACGGAUGCCCAUCCCUAAUUGUCAGAGUAUCCGUAAGCAAAACCCUGGC